AUGACAAAACGGCCCGAGUUGGAUAAUUUACCUUCCAAAACUAAUUACUAUGAUAAAUUUGAUCAGGAUAAUGGGAACGACUGUAACGGCACUCGUGCCAAGCCUGAACAGUUAAAGACUGAAUUAAACAGUAAAUUCAAGGAUUGUAUAAAAAUUAUUGAUGAUGCAAAGAAAAUCGCGAAGACCUACUGUUACGCAUCUACACAGAAUGAGCAAUCAAUUUACGAAAAUAAAGAACCUUGUCUCUUCUUUUAUUACUGGUUAGGAGAUAAAUAUUGGGAUGAUUUGAAGAAUAAUCAUAGAUUUUCAGAACUUCUGAUUGCAAUUCACUCUACGCUCAAAGGAGAUGAUCAUUUGGAAAAAUGUAGAAUUAAAUACGACAAUAUUAACGAAACACUUCUCCCCCAAAUGAAAGAAGUAUUCGACUACUACCAUGACUAUAAGGACGUAAAGGAUAACAUACUGGACAUCAAGGAGGGAUGUGAAGGGAAGUGGUCCACUUACUUAGGGCAAAUUUCCUCAGCAUGCAAGGCAGUACGUAACUACUGCAACCAAGACCAAAAUAAAUGUGGCGAUUAUUGUACCGAAUUUAACAAUAAAUACGAUGUGCAUUGUAAUACAGCUACAAUGUCAAAAGAAAAAUGUGAAUUGCAAUCUCAAUUAACAACUGCAAAGCAAAGAAUAGUGUCUGAAGAAAAAGCCGCAUCCUUAGCAAAAGAAGAAGCCGUUCGUUCUGCUACUACAACGUCUUCCAUCUCUUCCAUCCUUGGCACCUUAGCAACAAUAGGUGCACCAUUCCUCUUAUAUAAGUAUAAACCAUGGUCUUCUUUGUUUGGUAACCACUCUACUGGAUAUGGAAGGAGCGGAAGAAGGAAGAGAAGAUCAAGUGGACAGAACUUUGAUGUGUCCGCACAAGAUACUUUCACUGAAUAUUCAACAGAGAAUUCAACAAUAGGUGACUCCACAACAGCAGAAAAUUCCACAGUACGCUCUAUGGCGCACACAAGACAAUCCAGAGGAAGAACAAAUAAUGGACCGAGUCACCGCAACAAUGUAGGUUACAGUCGGAUGUAA